UCAGAGUGCCCCGGGCAGAUAAGAGGCGGCUCAGACCGCCUCUCCCGGCGAGCCAGGCCAGUCAGGGCGGCCUGGAGGUGCGGUAGCUUGGUGUCUCUCUGCCUGGGAGCGUCCUCCUUUGGCAGGCGGGGUAGUCAGUACCCCCUCGCUACCUUGUUGAGAAACCUCGCGCCGCACCCCAAUAUGGCGGGCAAGCGCGGUGGCUCGCUGCUGAAGGCGCUCCUGGCCGCCUGGGUCGCGGUGGCCGUGGCGGCUGAGGCUGAGCCCGACUCCGACUCCAAGCAGGCCGCGGUGCCGCAGGAGCAGAGCCUGGUGCGGCCCAUGACCGCCUCCAACUGGACGCUGGUGAUGGAGGGCGAGUGGAUGCUGAAAUUUUAUGCCCCUUGGUGUCCAUCCUGUCAGCAGACUGAUUCAGAAUGGGAGAUGUUUGCAAAGAAUGGUGAUCUACUUCAGAUCAGUGUUGGGAAGGUAGAUGUCAUUCAAGAACCAGGUUUGAGUGGCCGCUUCUUUGUCACCACUCUCCCAGCAUUUUUUCAUGCAAAGGAUGGGGUAUUCCGCCGUUACCGUGGCCCUGGAAUUUAUGAAGACCUGCAGAAUUAUAUCUUAGAGAAGAAAUGGCAAUCUGUUGAGCCUCUCACUGGCUGGAAAUCCCCAGCUUCUCUAACGAUGUCUGGAAUGGCUGGUCUUUUUAGCAUCUCUGGUCAAAUAUGGCAUCUUCACAAUUAUUUCACUGUGACCCUUGGAGUUCCUGCUUGGUGUUCUUACGUCUUUUUCAUCAUAGCCACCUUGAUUUUUGGCCUUUUCAUGGGUCUGGUCUUGGUAUUAAUAUCAGAAUGUUUCUAUGUGCCAUUUCCAAGGCAUUUAUCUGAACGUUCUGAUCAGAAUCGGAGGUCAGAAGAGCCUCAUAGCGCCAAAGAGUUGCAGGAUGCAGAGGAAGAAAAAGAUGAUUCAAAUGAAGAUGAAAACAAAGAUAGCCUUAUAGAUGAAGAAGAAGAGAAAGAAGACCUUGGUGAUGAGGAUGAAGGAGAAGAUGAAGAAGAGGAAGACAACCUGACUGCUGGUAUGGAUGAGGAAAGGAGUGACUCCCAGGACCAUAGAUCCCUGACAGGAGCCCAGGAGGAGGUAGAAGCUGAUGAGACUGAAGAAGACAUCUCAGAGAAGCCCUCUUCAGCUGACACAGAGUCAGAAGAUACCUUGAGGCAACGCAAAAGUCAGUCUGCUGCUAAGGGACCUUAAACUUCAUGACAGUAUUUCUCAAAAUAUAGACCUGAGGAAUAUCUUAACUCCCUGCUCUUUUGUAGUUUAAACCAAACUGAUUAUCCUUUUUUUUUUUUUUUUUUUUUCCAGAAUAAGCAAGCUUUUGUUAAAAAGAAAAGAAAAAAGAUCUCUAGCUAUGUGGUCUUAUAGCAUUAAGCUUUGUGUAUUUGAGUGUGAAUCUUUGAGAUAUGACAAUCAGCAUACUGAAAAAUAAACAGUGUUAGGAUCUAUUUGGGGGCUUUGGAGAGGCCCAAGUUCAUCUUCUUGAGGCUAGAGAAAGCCUUGCAUUAGUAUAUUCACAGGCAAGGCUGCAGGUAUCAAAUAAAAAUGAAGCAUCAUGAGUAUAAAGUGUAGCAGAAUUAACCAUUUUCCUUGUACUAGGUAUUUAUUUUUUAUCAAAUUGUAAGAAACAUUUGGCAUUAUAGAGCAGUAAUAUAUUUCUCUUUUAGACAUUGAAAUUGAGAAAGCCCUGAUUAUUAUUUUGGAAAGAAGUUGGAAAGUCAUUCCAAUCCCCUAAAUCCCCUUUGUUAUAUUUUAUUUCUUACCUAGGUUAUUUCCAACUUUCCCCACUGCGGUCUUGCAGGCUUCCCACACUCUGCAUACUUUAUUAGUGAGAAGACUCAGACAGCAGCUGACUUGACAUCAGCUGCCUUUCCUCUGAUUGAGGAUUUUGACAUGAAGCCAUGGCUACCAGGCAUCUUGAAUGAAAUGUUGUAACCUUUGGAGGUUCAAAAGGAAAUAAGGAUUUUUCAGUAGAGAUUUUUGUAGCUUUUUUUUUUUUUUUUGCCAAAAAAAUAAAAGUAUAUGUGUGCUUUAAAAAGUUUCUUUAGCAAUAUCCCCUUUGAAGUCUGCAGUCCCCUAAGUCUUGCCAGAAACUUAAAUAGUGUGUUGUUUUGCUUUCAUCUCAAGAGGUUCUUUGGCUCUUGAACCACUUUAAUAAUAACUGAAAGCUAUUUCUGGUUUUCCUGCAGUGAUGUUCUUUUGGUGAAAGAAUUAAUGAAAGUGAAUACUGGAAAUGAAAGAUUUUGUUUCAUUUCCUUCUACCCUAAUCUUGUAAGGGAUUGUAUUUCUGUAAAUCUCUCAAUACUCAACCUACCAAAAGUACUCAGGGGCCCAUAUUUCUUUUUUAAAAAUCUAUUCAUUUACUUCUGCCUCACCUGAUUUAUGUCCUAGAAUAAAUUCAUAAGAUCAGAUUUAAAUUUAUGAAAGAUGCCUAAAGUCAAUCCUAUAUCCCUGGGGUCUAGAGAGAGUAAUAGUAGUAUAGGCUUAUGAAAUUCAAAGAGUUUCUGUCAUGUUUUAUAUAGAAAUAUACAGUCUACAUUUAUCUGACUCUUCAGAUAACCCUUUCCUUGUACUAACUUUGAACAGGUUUACUGAAGGAGGGAGAAUUUCUGAAGCCCUCUACUUUUGUAUGGUUGAAUAAGCCUGUGCAAGCCUCAUAUGAAGAGAGUUUUUGUUCUGACAGAAUCCAAUUUUAGAGAUGUUUAUUUUUCAUCUAUCUAAUGUAGUUACCUGAUACUUGGUGAGGUUUAUUAAGAUUUCUAUUAAUUUUUCUUCCCUGAUAGCAGCAACACAGCCUCAGAAAUGACUGAGUGGGGAUAAUCUUGACAUGAGUCCUUUGCCAGCCCUUCCCACUAUGGAGGUCUCUCACACAUUCUUAGCCAAAGUGCCAUAGAUUUUGUUGUUUUUCAUUGCCAAGGCCUCACAAGUGCAUGAUUCCACGCUUGCUGGGAUGACUUUCAUUCUUUAUAUUUCAGAUUAGAAGAGAAGGUUAGAAAAUCACCACAAACCCUGCUCCACCAACUAUGGAGCUUCCUCCAGUGCUCUGGUGUUCACAACAUUGUGGUCAUGGCGAUGUUAAUCUGUAGCUGCAUAGUGAGCUAUCUCCUGACACCCAAAAUGUCAUGGUUUUGAUGGUGGCAGUUCCAUUUCCCUGAUCUGAGAAUCUUGGUUAGAACUGACUUGUCUUCCUACCACUUAUUUCUUUUCUUUUCUUUUUUCUCUUUUAUUUUAUAACUAGCUGAAUUGAAAUUUUUUAGGGAUCAUUGAGUUCAAGUUCAGAGACAGGAAAUAAAAAAGGUUUCAUAGUUUAGUUUUUCUGUAAAAUGCCUCUUUACCUAUAUUGAAGUGUGUGUGUUAACAGAGGGAAGGAAUGAAGAAAUAAGAUCUACUUUAACCUUCUUCAAAUGUAAGGCCAAUUUUCAAUUAGGAAUACCUAAUUACCUAGUAAGAAAGAACUUUUCUUUUUCAGUAAUACUUUAGAAGAAAAUGGAAAAGUGAAAAUAUUCUGUAGAAGAGGAUCCAUUAAAAGUUUGUUUGCCUAUAGAAGCUAUUCCUCCCCUUUUUGUAAUAUCCUAGCAAAGUAGGGGGUGUAGUAAGUGGUAGGAUAAUACAUAUAAAUUAAUUUCUUUCCACUUAAUGCCUAUUAGGUUUGUGUUCAAUAUUUAAUAUAAAACUAAAGGGAAAGUCAACUAAGUAAUUUAAAAUUUGGUUACCACUUAAAUAAGAUUUUAUGAAAUUUAUAUAGACUUUUAAUUCAGAAGUCAAGUACACAGAAGCAUGAUUUUAAAAACAAAUAAUACCCAGGCUUCUGUGUGUUACAGUCAGGUACUAUUUUUCAUUUUUGAGUAGUAUUUAUAUAAAUUUAAAUUUAUAUAGAUUCACGAAAAAGUACCUAUAGAUUUUGGAAUAGUGGUACAGUGCUUUAUAUAUGGGUUGUCAGAGCAUUUUGCCUUUUCAUUGACCAGUAGCAAAACUUGACCUGCCUAGCUCCUUUUUCCUUAGUUACUUUUAUUAUUCAUCUUAGGCAGAUUUGCUAAACCUUCUCAACUUGAUUAGGGAUCUCAAAUUGACACAUUAUUUAGACAACCACACCUCCUUCCUUCCCUUUGAAAUAAAAGUAUUGAAUGGGUUAGAGAAAGGACUCAUUCAGUUCACAGAGCUUUGUAUUUUUUUUAAAAUUUAUUUAUGAGAAAGAUAGGAGGGGAGUGAAAGAACCAGACAUCAUGCUGGCACAUGUGCUGCCGGGGAUCGAACUCGGGAUCUCAUGCUUGAGAGUCCAAAGUUUUAUCAGUGCACCACCUCCCGGACCACAGAGCUUUGCAUUUUUAAUCAGGUACUUAAACCCAGAUCUCCUACUGAUGGUCCCUAUUAGGCUCAGAUUUCUAUAUGAAGAAAUUUAUUAUGACUACUGAAGUUAAAGGAAUCAAGUUCUGCCAGGUUGGCUUUUGAAAGCCAAGGAGGAUAAAUUUUGAUGCUUAUUACCAUAAACCCUUGUUAAUAUCUAAGGUAUUCUUUCAUCAUUUAGGUAUAGGUAAGCCUUCAGAGCGUGCAUCCUAUAACAACUUUGGGAUAGAUAUAGGAAUGCUUUUUAAAGGUAAGUGCAUAAUGUGAUUUUGUAAUAUCAAGCUCUUCAAGAGUGGCACCUGUAGGCUGCUUUAUAGGAUGAGAAAGAGUAGAGUUUUUCCCAAAGAUUGAAAACAUGGGGUCUCCAUCUGAGAUUUCAAUAUAAAAACCUUACAUUGCAGUGAAGUGAGAGAAAGGAAUAGGUUAGUAUUUUUGCUAAUAUGUAUCAAUAAUUUAUCUAUAUCCUUGAUCUCAAUGUUGAGUGUUAUUUUUUGCCAGUAUUAUAAAGUGAGGUUAACCUAUCCUGUCAGAUAUAACAUUUUGGAAAGUAUUCAUGUGGAUGUUUUGUGCCAACAGAAAUGUUCUUCUUUAGUUUCCUUUUACCUCAGUCCUAUGUUUUGAUCUUCUUUAAAAUCAUUAUAUCUUGUCUUAAAAAAACCAAUGUAGAAUUAUAAAUUCUGAUGAACACUGAUUGGGCAACUUUUCAACAGCUCUCUUUAACAAAAAAAGGCUUUAAGAUCUCUUACUUCUUUCUUAGUUUUCUCUAAUUCAUCCUCUGUCUUGUUAAUACUGUUUUUUGUCUCAUCCUCCAUCUUGCUAAUACUGUUUUUCUGCCUCACUUAAUUCUGUUCUCUCUACCCUGUUUUCUGCAGCUCAACUAUUGUGUUAUACUGUUGAUACUUUAUUAGCUUAUUCAGCUAGAUGCUCUCUUAGUUCAGUUGUUCCAGCUUUCAGCUCUGAUUACCUCAAGAUAUUUAGUGUUUUAGAGUCUCAUUGGUUGUUUCCCAAUUUUUUAUGAUACUACUUUCAAGAGCUUUCCUCACUCUAUUAUCUAUUAACUAUUGCAUCUAUUAACUAUUGCAUCAAUUAGUGUUUGGAUUGUUGUCUUUAUUCUUAUGUGCUUCUAUCUUUCUAGGGCUUUUAUCUGAACUUUUGUCCUGGUUAAUUUCUCCAGUGUUUCUUCUUGGGUUAGAUAUGAUGUCCCUCUCUCAGUACUUUUUAAUCCACUAAUCUCACUUUCCUGGACUGACUUGUGUCUAAGUAAGGUAGUAAUAGUUCACAGUUUUGGAAACCAACAGUUGUUUUAAUGUUAUCUCCAUGUCUGAAGUGAAGUACAGUGGCUGUUAAACCCUCUUAUCUUCCCUGCAGGCUGUGGGAACCUGUGGGCCUUUUAACUACAAAUAGAUUUUUUUGGCUUAAUCUUUCUCUCCUGAGAGAGAGAUAAACCAGGGUGGAGGAUAGAUAGCACAGUGCUUAUGCAAAACUCCCAUGCCCCAAGGGUCCCAAAUCCUGGGCCUAAUCCCUGCCUCACUCCUAGCUGAAGCCAAACUGAGCCAGCUCAGCUACACUCUGUGGCCCUGUGUUUUUGAAUAAAUCCUGAUUUCUGAGGGAAUUAUUCACCCUUUUUUUUAAUUGAUCAUAAAAACGAUGUGAAAAGGCUCCUCCUACUAUAUGGUAAUACAUCCUCACCACCGGGAGUGUAGAUUUUCUCCUGAGUCACCUGGCCAGCUCUCUGCACCUCCCCUCCCCAUGUGUAGGACUUCCUUGCUGCUGUUCUAGCCCCUGAGGAGCAAUAGCUGUGGAGGCCCACAGUUGUAAAUUGGUGAUGCUUAAGUUCUCUUCCCUUCAGCAGUCUUUUUAUUGAUAAAACUCAGACUGGAGGUGAUGCUUCUACUGGCAGACUGCUGCUCUGAGUAGGUACAGACUUUUAGCCCUAGGAAUCUCUCUUCUUAAGUCUCUCUGUCCAUGAGCCACAUGUGUUUGUACUCACCUGUGACUCGGUGGGUUCCUGGUGUGAUCCUAGUCUCAUCUUGUUGCGUUCUCAGGUGAUCCUCUUUGCUAUUCCUUGUUGAGUGGGGGAGAGCAAAAUGAAGCUGCUGCUACUCAUUAACCACACCUCCGAAAGUCCAAGAAAAGGCUUUGAAAGCUUCAGAUUAGAAUAUUACAUUCAGAUGGGUAAAGUUUCAUGCUGACCAUGCUAUUGUUAUUGUGACUCACACAAUGAUGACAUAUUUUGAUGUAGUUUGAUCAUAUCUAUUACCAGGUAGCUAUUUUGUGCAAAUGUAACUUUUAUACAAGAAUAUUAUUCAUGUGCAUUAUAAUACAUUACACAUUUAUUAUUUAUAUUCAUGUUGAUAAUUCUGAUGAUUAGCUUGGUGAUAACUGAAUUAUUUCUUCAUUUGUAUAUUUUUUUGCUGCCACAAGUAGCAUUUGCAGUUAAUGGCACUGGAAAUCAUGACAUGUACCAAGAAGUGCAUUGCCUGUAUUAUAGAUCUCCUUAUCAGAAAACUGUACAUUUCUUGAUCCUUUGUUUUCAUUUUAUUUAUUGUAAAUGCCAGUUUUUGUGAAAACCUAAUGUUAGUAAUAACUUAGUGGAAACAAAAUGGUAUACUCCUUUUCAUAUAAAUAUUUUCAUAAAAGUUGCCUAUGCCAUGAAAAA